UAUGUAAUACUGUCAUGACGUUAUCAUAAGUGUAAAAGCAUAUAAUUGCAGAUUUAAUUUAAUAUUUAACUACACUGGAGUUAUCCAAAAUUUACAGUUAGCAUAUUAAUUUGUUAAAAAAUUCAACAAUGUUUUGAAAUAUAUCUAGCGCGUAUAUAGUGUAUGUUUUUGUGUUUUGUUUAAUUUCGAUGUCGGCAUGAGUGAAGCAAACUUUCAUCAGGAAUCAAGCAAUUGUAAAUCAAUAGAUGUGUACAUAUUUAGAAACGGUCAGCAAAACUCACCACCCAGGAAGUAUCAUCUUCAUUCAGAUGAGCUCAAUAUGUGGGAGACAACUCUGGCAAAUCUGGCUCAAUCGCAAUAUGGCUCUGGGUAUUUACAUAUAGAGCUGUUUACGUUGGAAGGCAAAAAAGUCCAAGGUCCUUUAGAAUUGGCAAAUGAAAAGGCUUACGUGGCUGUGAAACCAUCUGAUGUUUUUAUCAAAGCUGGUUAUGAAAAAUACCUACUCAGAGCUUCAAGAUCAUGGGAAAAAAGACAGGAUAAGUUAAAGGCAGCCCAAGAGAAAUCUGUUGCCAUCGUAGAUGGAAAGUCCAAAAGUGGGAACAUCAAAAAAGUUGUAGGUAUAUGUAUGAUAAAUUAAUUUGUUCAUUUUAUAUUUCAGUAUUACAAUGUAUAAAGCCUUAAAGGUACUUUCUUUAGGUUGAAAAAGGCAUUUGUAAAAUGAAGAAUAAUACUCUAACAAAAUCAGCUCCAAGCAAAGUACUCGAAAAAUUUAAUGUCCCAAUUGACACUAACAGAAAAACGAUCGAAAAGAAAAAUGAACUGAAAGCAAAAAUAAAUGUUUUAAAAAAUAAUUCAGUUAAUAAUUCGCUUAACUCGGGGAGAUACUCGUCAAUGAAUAAUUCAUUAAUUAAAACACCCAAUAAGUUUACCAGAAAUGCAUUGAGUAAGAAAAAUGAUCAAAACAACCAACCUGAAGUAAAUAUAAUUCUAAUAAAUGAUGCAGUUCCGGAAACGCAAAUUGAUCAAACUUGUAAGUGUGCGGUAACGAACGAUUCAACAAAAGAUGACCCUUCACAAAAAAUUAAUACUAGUGAAAUUAUAAACGAAAUAGUUGAUCAAAAUGUAUAUAACAAUCGCAAUAGUGAAACACCGUCUGCGUUUGUCGACGCUGAGAAUAAUUCUAGUGAAUGCAAAACAGUUGAGAAUAUGCUCAAUAAAAUAACCGAAGAACCUAAUGCAAUAGAAUUUUCAGAAGUUCAAACUAAUUCUCAAGUUAUGAAAGUUCAUAAGGAACCAAAGCAACUUUCAUUACAUGAUGUCAAAGAGCCUAAAACUCAUAUCAGUUGCACAACCUUGAUAGAUCAAAAUUCAAACGAAAAUGGGCACGUCAUUACACUUAACCUAAAUAUUAAAUUAAAGGAUUACAGGAAAGAUACCAUUUCAUUUAAUAAAGAGAAAAAUAAUAUGUCUUAUUGCGAAAAAGAGUCCCAAACCAACGUAGAAGUUAGCAUUGAAGAGAACCUCUUUAGUAUGAACAAGCAAUUGGAAACCAAAAGUGAAAAUCGCUCAUGCAUAUGUCCACUUACAGAUUUGGAAUUAACUAAAGUUAUAGUUAUACGAUGUUUAUGUAAUGGUUCUCGAGAGGAAUCGAAAAACUUUUCAGAUGAUCAAAACAUUGUGAUACCAAAUUCAGCGAUAGUAAAUGAGGCAAAUACUUCUCUUGGCAAGCAAAUUAGCACAUCAGACAAAUACCAAAACGAGCAAGUAGUAAAAUAUGGGGCGUCACAAGAAGGAAGUAUAACAGAACCUCCAAAUGACGAAAAAUUUACUUCAAAAAAAGUAGAAACAAUAGCAAAUGAAAUUGACCAAAGAAAGCAAAGUAUAAGUCUAAAUAACAAUCAUGAAAAUUCAACAUUAAAGACGGGACAAAUCAUAUCAAAGGUUGACGAAAUAACGAAACAAUUAACUCAAAACGCCGACAUCGAAAAUUGUACCUCAAAUAAUAUGACCGAUGAUGCACACAGACAGAAAUCUGCCACAUUAGUUUUGGAAACUUGUCAUGCAUUUGCUCAAACUGAUUGGAGUCAUACAAUAGUUGAGGCAAGACAAAAUGAAAAUGGUCAAUAUACGUUUCAUCUUCCCUCUUUGCAGAGGUUAAAACAACUAAAUUUGUAAAGACAUUAAUAUAGAAUUCAGUAUUGAUCAUGUGUG